GCAGCUCUCGGGGGAGUGUGCCUGUUGUACAAUACUUAUGGUAGCUGCUUUAUCUCCUUGGAGCCCACAACAAUAGAGGGAAAGAUUUGUACAAACACCAAUGGCUGGGACUGUUGCUUGGGACUGUGAUUCCCCCCCACCCAGUGACAUGGGCUAAAUGAAACAGCACAGGAUCAUGGGAAUGAUGGAAGUGUGUGAGUACAGGCUGCUCAGUAGCCCGGUCCUACGCUGUGCCAAGGUGCCAAUGUGCCAGCGCUGUGAGACUUGCCUGCUGAGUAGGAGACAUGCCCAGACCAAGGAAUGGCUAGGGAGAGCCAGCGACGCCUCCCACAGGAGAUUCCUCUUUGGGGUAAUUAGGAGGCUGCAGAGCCUGGAACUGCUGCAAUACCUAGAGAAGGUGCUGCGGCCAACAUUGGGCAAGGACUUCACCUACAGCCGCUCCCGUAUAAACCCCAGCCUCAGGCAGGACCUGGGCACCUCCGGCUCCGACAGGGCGCUAAACAGGCGACUUCUGCUGCAAUUUAUGCUGGAGACUUGGGAAUGGCUCAAGCACGCCCCCUACUGGAGCAAAGCAAAUUACACACUGCUGCUGCUACAAAUGUGCCCCCCAAAUCUAGUGCACAGUGCUGCCAAUCUGAUCCACGUGCUCAUCAUGCAGGAGAUGCACCCCCAUACUAGGAAGGCAGUGACGCCUAUGGGCCACUCUAGGGCAACGGGGCAAGAUGGAACGCAAGGACCGGAUCAAGCUGUAUCCUCAGAUGACCCCUCCAUCAUGAUGGUGCCGACGUCAUUUAAGUCAACAUCGGGAGUCAGUUUGUACAAAGACUUCAUCUGCUGCCUGCCUGUCCAUCUGUCCAAGCGCAUCCUCGGGUUCCUAAAUAAGAAGUCCCUAUUCAGUUGCCUGUUUGUAUCCCAGUACUGGUACUAUCUAAUUAAAGAAACCCUGCAGGAUCUAGAUGCUGAACGAUUAGUGCGGAAUGAAGCCAUGAUCCUACAGGGUACGUCCUACAAAGGUGUGAGUAUCUCCUAUGCCAAAAUUCGAAGUGUUCCAGUCCCAAAAGUUGGUGAGGGUGGAAAUACCAUUAAUGCCGUGGAGAGGAAGUUCUACCAGGAAACAAAGACCGGAGAGAGCCUAGAAGCAGCUUAUAUUGAUACUGAGACAACCUCGGUCCCCUUGGAAGAGAGAAACCUUUUCUGUGGCUCAUACAAUGUUCUCAUACUAACGGGACAAGGAGAUCACCACAGAGUGAUCCACUUUGAUGGAGGGCGGCUCGUUGCCGUUGGCUCAGUCGACCGCAAGGUGAAGCUGUUCGACCUGGUGGAGAUGAAGCAAGUGCCCCCACUGAUUCAUGGGCAUGCUGGGAGCAUCCGGCGAGUCUUCCUCUGUGAGGAGAGAGGAUUUCUGUUCAGCGGGGGGUUUGACUUAAGCAUCAGGCAGUGGGCCGUGGAGUCGGGGGUGUGUAUGAGAAUCUUUCAUGGCCACAUGAAGACCAUCACCAGUCUGGAUGUAGAAGAAGAUCUGUUGGUUUCUGGUGCUAAAGACUGCCAUGUUAAAGUGUGGAAUAUACCUACAGGCAAGUGCCUGCGCACCUUUAAGCACAAGGAUCCCGUUCUGUGUGUGAGAAUAAAGGAGCGCUACGUGGUGAGCGGCUGUGAGAAAGGCCUCGUCAAACUGUGGCAUAUGGACUCCGCUACACUCAUCAAGACUCUGACAGGUCACAGUGGCCCAAUAAAAUGCCUUUCCUUCGACCAAUGGCAUCUGAUAUCCGGAAGUGCUGAUGGCUACGCUAUCGCCUGGAGCAUGAUGGGAAACUUUCAAAAACGUCUUUGCACUUUCAGGCACCCAAAGGAGGUGCUGUGCAUGGAAUUCCUCUACCUCAGAGUCAUCACAGGGUGCGCUGACGGCAAAAUCCGGGUGUUUAAUUUCCUGAAUGGAGAUUGUCUAAGAGUAAUGAGGGCCAAUAGCCGAGCGGAUCCGGUGAUGUCAUUAUGUAUAAGAGAUAACAGAAUGGUCAUCAAUACGCCAGCCAGUAUCAUGAUUUUCCAGUUUGAAGAGGUUUCGUGGGAUUACUCGCAGGCAUCUGAGCGAGUCGAUGUUCUGAAAGAAAGAGACAAGUUUAAGUCGGCUCCUCUCAGGGUCCGGCCGUACAGCUACGUGCGGGCACAGAGGAUGAAGCGGGUGGGAUCAAGCAAUGUAAAGAUGUACCAACAGCAGGAAGAAGAAGUAAAUAGGGAGGGCACCAGUAGGCUGUCCCACCAUGCCAGGAGCCUGUCAGCAAAGAGUAUGAAGAGAGCCCAAGAUCUGCACCAGGAAUCUCUGAAGCCGGUAACUUGGCCCGAACUGAGGAAUUUCCGCAGAAGCUUUGCCUACAUUGAUCUGCAGCCUGAGUUCUAUAAGAAGUCUCCUUCAGCCAGCUGGCCCCGUACGGCCCCCAGAGGCAGCCCAGAGCCAAUCAGCAGGGAAAGCACAGCAACCGAGCUGAAAGCAAGGGAUGAUUCAGAUGCUGAAUCUGGAUAUGGUUCCCCUGGGCGCAAGUCCGCCCUCUCCGUAAGUGAGAGCGCAACUCUGGAGCGCAUAAGAAAACGCGGACCUCACUCUGCGAUGAACCCCGACCAAAUACUUCUUAAAGUCGGCGCCAUGAACUACACGCAGAGGUCGGACCAACUUGCAUGGAAUGGCGAAUACAAUGCAAUGGUAAGGGACGCUUGGGGUCCUCAAAUGUCCCCCCAGGAGCCCCAGAAAAGAUUCUCCGACUCCCAACUAAAGGAAAGGCGGAAAGACAAUGCAGUCACGCGUUUGGAGCGGAUAGAAUCUUCUGCAGAGAUAAAAACCACAGUCACUCCGUUUGAGCUGAGAAAGCUGAGCCUCAAGCUGAAGGAGUCCCUUCAUGGCUCGGAGACCCCGUCGUCUAUUCCGCCUCCCGUUUUACUACGUGCACAAACCAGUUUGAAUAGGAAGAAACGCGUCGCGCUCCCCCGGAGGACAGCUUCCGCCGUGGAAAGCGGAGUAAAGCAGAUCGGAAAGUACACAAGCUGCGAGUCCAUACAGCCGGUGAAAAUGGUGAUGGGCCAACGUGAGAGACCGCCCCAGAGGAAGAGAGCUCCCGAGAGAGCCGUGACUGUUAAUCCCUACAGAGAGAAGAGUGGCUUCCAGCUCCUCACAGUGCAGCAGAUGAAGGAAUACGAGGCUGAGAAGGUGGCUCAGUACCAGACGGCGGAGGCCCACGUACAGGCCAAUAGGGACCAGGAGAGCAGGAAAGCGUGGCUCAGGAAAAUCAAAGGGAAAAAUAUUGAUCAUUUUACCAAAGAAGGAAAAAUUGCAGCUCCGGAGCUUGGACCCAAUGUUUUUCUUUGAUUAAAAGCAAUUAUUAUUAUAAACCCUGUGUGUGAGGAUAAGGUUGUCUGUUUUUCUAAGAAUCUCUUACUUUCUGUGUGUACAGCAAAAGGAUAUUUUAAUAAAUAAACAACAAAAGAUGAAUGCC